UUUCUCUUUCUCUUUUCCUCAUCUCUUUUCUUUCUCUUUCUUCAUCUCAUGAGCACACCAUUAAAGAAGACACCAAAGAAACAAGAGACAGUCAAGGAACAAAUUGUCUUUAAGGGACAAGAUAAAGUCGUGCAUGAUUUAGUCUAUGCGCCUUCCAAAGAAAUUGAUGCUAUCACAGCAAAUUUGAUUAUUCGAGAUACAGAAUAUAUUAUAGAAUACUUGAGACAGAGAAUCAAUCUAGAGCAACGUUAUCUGGAUGAUCUCUCAGCCAUGACAAGCAAUAUUCAAGCAUGUUGUAUGCCAAGUGAACAUAAUUUGAUUCAGACAAACUUUAUGAAUUUUGUGGGUUUAGCAGACCAACAAAGACCAGUCAAAGAACAUUAUAUUGAUACAUUAAAACAACAAUGCGACACACUCAUUCAGUUUAGAAAUGAACAACAAAAAGCGUAUGAUAAAAACAGAGCAUGGAUGCAUCAAUCCAAUGCGGAGUACAUCAUGGCAAGACUAAGAAAGUUACCCAAUAUGCACGAAGUCUAUGUUCAAAAAUGGGAUGACAUUGAGCGAUCGACCGGUACUGCUGUUGCUUCACCUAUGAUGACACCAUCACCCGCACUUAUACCCCUUAGUAAACAACUGUCAAUCAAAGACGAGGAAUUCGACUUGAGAGCGAUGAGCAUGGAUGAUGAUCGUACCAGAAUGGCUCGACUGAAUGAUCCACAUCAAAGUAGUCGUAUUGAACGAUUCAUGAAGAAACACCUCAAUAAACCAGAAGAUCCAACAAGGCAGAAUAUUCGGCUUGCUAAACUAAAAGUGGAAGUGAGUGAAGCAGAUGCAAAUUAUCGUAAUGUGGUACGUGAGAUUAGUACAUUGGCUAUCAAAAUUGAUGUCACCAAUCAUCAUAUUUUGAAUAACGUACAAGCUGCACUCAAAGAAAAGUCUGAGAAAGUGAAAAAGAUGCUGCAGUUAGCAUUGGAUGCAGACUUGGCUCAGUUACAACAGCGACAAUCACCUAUCACUCAGUUACUUGGUCAAGUUGAACAGAUUGAUAUCGAGAAAGAAUCUAAAUUAUUCAACAAUCACUCUACAAAGGCCCUUAAACGAUUCCCAAAGCCUUCGCCUAUCUACUAUUACAAUCAUCAUGUGGGUGUUUGUAAAGAUUUGAUCUUUGGUACUUCCUUAACAGAAUAUGCUCAACAAAGAGGAAGAUCACCGCCUUUGUUGAUUACGAAAUGCAUUGAAGCCAUUGAACGAUUAGGUGGUAUUGAAAAAGAAGGUAUUUAUCGAGUGUCUGGUAAACAGAGCAAUAUGGAAAAGAUCAAACAUGCAUUUGAAAUGGAUGAAGAAGCAGUGGUUAUUGGUCAAUAUGAUGUGCCUGAAGAUGUGUUUAGUAUUGCUUCUGUCAUCAAAAUCUUCUUGAGAGAACUCAAAUCACCCUUGUUUCCCUUUAAACUGACAGAUCGAUUAGUCUAUUCACAAAUCCCUGAUCAAGAAUUACGCUUAAUGAAUCUCUUGACUCGACUCCUUAAACUAGAACCAGCGAAUUACGAUACCCUCAAAGUCUUGAUUCAUCAUUUAUCAAAACUUCAGGCAUGUGUGGAAAAGAACAAGAUGACAACCAACAACUUGACCUUGAUUUUCACGCCAGCCAUUUUCCAAGACCUGAAUCAUGCCCAAUCCCCUGGUGAAUGGGCCAAAGAUUGUGUUCUGGAGGACUUGAUUCAUAACGCACAAGCUAUUUUUGCCAAUAAGGAUCUACAUAACAAUUCUGCUAUUACAGGCCAUAUUGAAUAUGGUUUCCAUCAUGCUAUUGAGGACACAAACCGAUAUGCCAUGACAGUUCAGUCACCUGAUAGUCCCACAAUUCCUUCUGAUGAAGAAGGCGGUUAUGCCUUUGUGGUAGAAGACUACGAGAGUGAAGAAAACACGACUACUAUGAACUACCUUAGUGCAGAACAAUUACCUUUACGCCACUCCUCAAGACCUACUUCACCUGCUGAGUCUGUUUCGACACAGGUUGAAAGAAAGAGAUAUCAAGCCCAUUUUCAAGGAAAAGGUCUGACGGUCGAUACUGGAUCCAUCACAACAUCCGUGAGUACAUCCAGAAUCAAGACAGAACCAGAACAUCGUCCAAUACCUACCGCUGUCAAAAGUGCCACUGUGCCCUCCUAUGAUUGGUUAAAGCAUGCGCCUGGUAAUCAAGUACCUGCUGUGCCUAAAUUACGUCGAUCGGCCACAGCAGACAGAAAAGCAGUCUCAAGACGUAAAAUGUCUACACCCGAUGGAGCACCCAUCAUGAUGAAAAGCAAAAGUAACACAACCCAUACAACCAACAUUUAGACACACCCUUUUGAUACCUUGUA